GACCUGACUGCUCAUCAUGCACUGAUUGGAGAUUGCUGCACUCUGUAUUAGAGCAAAUGAAAUGAACAGCGUAGGCCACGCCCCCCAGUGAUUGGCCGUUAUUCAGAGCGGCGGCCAUUUUAUCGUGGUCCAACUCCAAGCCCACAUUCAGUAAACCCUCUCGUCAGAAAAGCAGCCUCUCCCUAUUCAGUGACAUCCCUACGCCUUUAUUUUGCUGGAUCAUUAGGAGACGUGGACUAUUCUAUACACCAUGACGGCAGCAGGCUCUUACUAAUCACCUUAGCUAUACACACCACUAGAUGGUGUGUAAAUAAUGCCGGGGCCAGGGUAGGCGGCGGCCAUUUUCCCGUGGUCCUCUUGGUUGAAUGACUACCCGUGUAUAUGCUCUAUAACUACAACUCCCACAAUCCUCUCUGCUGCUCUCUCCCUGUUUCCUGUUAUAUGGCAGAUGUACUGGAUCUGUGUGUUACUGGGCUGUCUCCUGCAAGAGGUCAACUCACGAUUACCCAUUCCGAAAGAGAUCAGUUCUCAUUAUUAGCGCCUUCAUGAUGGACAAGGAGAGGAGUCACAAGACUGAGAGGAUAUUGAAUCUCACCCUGGAGAUCAUCUACCUACUGACUGGGGAGGAAUACACUGUGGUGAAGAACAAAUCUGGAGAGCGUGCGACAAACAGCCAUUGUCCCUAUGUGCAAGGGCGCUUAAGCAGGACCCAGUGCCCCAUCCUGGUGCCUCCACUUCACUCACUGAUACAUGAGAGACACAAUGACCAGAAGAUCCUGGAACUCACCAACAAGAUCAUUCAGCUGCUGACUGGACAGGGGUGGAAGGAUUUACAAGAACACAGGGAUCUGUACAAGGACGUGUUGAUGGAGAAUCACCGGCCCCUCACAUCACUGGGUGGAUCCAGUAGCAGAAUCACCCCGGCGAGAUGUCCCCGUUCUCUUCACGCUCAGGGACGUACAGACGAAACGCGCAAUAUCCCACAAGGUUAUCAGGAUGAAGCCCUGCUUGAUAUUAAAGUUGAAGUUAUAGAGGGAGAAGAAGAUAAAUACGUAACUAACAAUCAGCAGUAUGAGAGGGUUGAGGAGGAAAUCCCUGCGUAUAUUAGCACAGAUGGCCAGUACAACAGGAAUAACUCAGAGAGACAACUCCUUUUAUCCCGAGAGUGUGACCUGGAAAAUAACCUCUCAAGAGAUUUUACAUCAGAAGACACGAUUACCCCAAACAUGCACCCAGUACCCCACAGUGCGGUUAUAAUGUGUAAUCCAUCUAAGGAUACAGAAUGGUUUGCUAAUCAUUCGGAUAUUACACGCGGUUUACCUCAUAAAAGCGACAAAAUAUUUCCCUGCCUUAUCUGUGGUAAAUGUUUCACCCAUAUCUCAAAUCGCAUCCGGCACCAGAAAAUCCACUCGGGGCAGAAGCCAUUUCCCUGCUCCGAGUGUGGGAAACGAUUCACGCGGAGGUCGCACCUUACCGAGCACCAGAGGAUUCACACCGGCGAGAAACCGUUCUCCUGCUCCGAGUGCGGGAAGUCCUUCAAACACAAAUCCCAUCUGGUGAUCCACCAGCGGACUCACUCCGGCGAGAAGCCCUUUGCAUGCAUCACCUGUGGGAAAUUCUUUACACAGAAAUCCAACCUCCUUUAUCACCAGAGAAUUCACACAGGCGAGAAGCCAUUUCCGUUAUUUCCCUGCUCGGAAUGUGGUAAAUGUUUUGCCCAUAACUCGAACCUUGUCACCCACCAGCGAAUACACACGGGCGAGAAGCCAUUUCUGUGUACAGACUGCGGCAAGGGCUUUAAACAGAAAUCCGACCUCGCCAGACACGAGCGCAUCCACAGCGGCCAAAAGCCGUUUCCGUGUUCCCAUUGCGGGAAGAGCUUCACACAGAAAUCGGAUCUUCUAAAGCAUCAGAUCAUUCACACCGGGCAGAAGCCGUAUCCUUGCACCGAGUGUGGGAAGAGCUUCACUCGCAAAUCGGUGCUGCUGAGGCACCAGAGGAUUCACACGGUGGAGACGCCCUUCCUGUGCUCCGAGUGCGGGAAAUACUUUGUACAGAAGUCCGACCUCGUGUAUCAUCUGAGGAUUCACAUGGGCGAAAAGCCCUUUUCAUGCUACGAGUGCGGGAAAUGUUUUACACAGAAGUCCGAUCUGGUGAUUCACCAGCGGAUUCACACCGGCGAGAAGCCCUAUUCCUGUUCCGAUUGUGGGAAAUGUUUUACGCACAAGACGAUGCUGAUCAACCACCAGAAAAUCCACACGGGGGAAAGGCCCUUCCUGUGCACUGAGUGCGACCGAUGUUUCGUCCAGAAGUCAAAUCUAGUUUAUCACCAAAGAAUCCACAACGGCGAGAAACCCUAUUCGUGCUCUGAUUGCGGGAGAUGUUUUACGCAGAAAUCCGACUUGGUGAGACAUCAAAGAGUUCACAAAGAUUAGAGACCGCGUUCAUGUUCCGGCUGCUGGGAAUGGUUCUUGAAGACUUUCGAACCCUAUUGGACACUGAGAAAUUCACUCACUAAAAAUGGACAAAACAAAUACAAAAGAAUAGACUUACUCUACAACAAGUACAAAAAAACAAACCAAAUAAAUCAUGAGGACUGUGUAUGUUGCACAGGAACUGGACAGUAUUGCAUAAUUGUUGAUUUUAGAAAGUUUGGUAGGUUCUAAAUUGUUGAAUAAUGUGAUAUAUAAUAUGUUUGUUAACUAUUAUUUCGUAGCACAUUUUAGUUAGUUUGUGUAUAUAUAAUAUAAUUGUUAAGUCCCUGCAGAGGCUUUUAGAAUGUACCGUCUGUUUUUUUUUUCCCCCAUGUUACGGUCACUUAGCUGACACAGAUACAAGAAUGGGACUGAGGAAGAUCUGUGUAUUCUCCAAUAAAGCCUCUAAUUUUGUAAGGAAA